CCCGGACGACUUUCGAUUGCUGCCUUACGCUGAUGCUCGGCUUGCGGCUCGCGGCUCGUGGCUCGGAGUGCUCGUCCCAGGCCAUCCUUCCCCUCCUUCCUUCGCUCGAGUACCUUCUUCCGCUGCUGCUGCGCUCUCUCACUUCACUUCCUGCGCCGGCGAGUUGACUCCGCGUUCUCCACGUGCUCGACGUCACCGAGGCCCUGGUGGUGAAGGUGCGUGAGAUCGCUGCGGAUUGCCAUGGAUAUUUGAUAUCAUCCCGGCUACGGCUCCUGCCUGCUCGAGGUCGCCUCCUUCGACGAAUUCCUCGACAGCCAAGAGUUGCGCUCCCCGCUGAUUGAUCCUCCGGCGGCUCGAAAUCACCACACUCUUCUCGUCCCGCGAAGCACUUGGAAGGCGCUGAGCUGAAUCCAGUUGAGACCCGUGUCGCGUCGGUGUGUCAAAAAUCGGGGAGCUGAGAGAAGGAAGAGGAAUCGGCUGUGGCAGGGGGCGUAGACAGCAAUGCAGUCUGUGACUUGUGGCAAUGUUUACUCGCCCGUCUGCUGGCUAUCGUCGGACGGGGAUCAUGUCUCGUCGAGCUCGUCUGAGCUGUUCCAGCAGCGCUCGUCGUCCGGGCUAGGUAGCAGGAAGACGCGCAGGGGGAAGGCGCUGUCAGUGACUCGACCCUGCGGGGGAAGGGCAGCUUUGGGGCUGGGGCCGUCUUCCGUCGUCGUGGGGCCGACUGCCCGCGAGCGAAGCACGCUCAGGGUGCUGUCGUCGCUCGUCACCGACCCUUCCGGAAGGUCGAUGCUCUCGGCGGAGCAGAAGGUUUUCGACGUGGUGGCCAAGCAGGCGUCAAUGCUGGAGGAGCAGCAGAAACGAGGCACCAGCCUCGUCGACGUGGAGCUCGGCUCGUCCACCAUGGGCUCUCCCGAGCUGCUCAGUGACGCCUACGCUCGUUGUGGAGAAGUGUGCGCCGAAUACGCAAAAACGUUCUAUCUCGGAACGAAGCUGAUGACUCCUGAAAGGCAACGAGCAAUUUGGGCUAUAUAUGUCUGGUGCAGAAGAACUGACGAACUCGUGGACGGUCCAAAUGCCUCUCGAAUCACUCCCACCGCCCUCGAUCGAUGGGAGGAGAGGUUGGAGGAUAUUUUCCGCGGCCAGCCUUACGACAUGUUGGAUGCCGCACUUUCGGACACCGUCUCGAGAUUUCCUGUGGACAUUCAGCCCUUCCGAGACAUGAUUGAUGGCAUGCGUAUGGACCUGGUGAAAUCACGCUACAACAACUUUGAUGAGUUGUACUUGUACUGCUACAACGUGGCCGGCACCGUCGGGCUCAUGAGCGUUCCUGUGAUGGGUAUAGACCCUGACUCGAAAGCCACAACCGAAAGUGUCUACAGUGCCGCCCUUGCCUUGGGAAUUGCAAACCAGUUGACGAAUAUUCUGCGAGACGUCGGCGAAGAUGCCCGAAGAAGGCGUAUCUACUUGCCACAAGACGAGCUCACUCGAUUCGGAAUCACUGAUGAGGAUAUUUUUGCCGGAGUUGUCACGGACAAGUGGAGAGCUUUCAUGAAGGAUCAAAUUCGUCGAGCACGCAUGUUUUUCACUGAGGCCGAGAAGGGAGUCGUAGAACUCGAUAAGGACAGUCGAUGGCCGGUGUGGGCAUCGUUGAUUCUAUAUCGUCAAAUUUUGGAUGCCAUUGAAGCAAAUGACUACAACAACUUCACCAAGCGUGCAUACGUUGGAAAAGCCAAGAAAUUGUUGCUGCUGCCAGCGGCGUACGCCAGAGCUCUCGUUGCUCCUCCCUCUUCGAAACAAAGGCUUAGCAGAGUUUAACGGCCUUUCAAUUUUUUCGCAUGUCUCUUUCGAGCAUGUCCUGUGUAAAAGUACGUUGACCCUUUGAAAUACCUGACCUAAUGGCCGUUCUCGAGAAAAUAGAUCUCGGUUCCUCCGAGGAAGGAAAAUCAUUGUAGAAUAAGUAGAUUCUUUACCAUGUAGUGGUUCUAGAUACUCAUUCUGGUCAAAAUUCAAUUAAGCCGUUAGGAGGAAAUUGGUCGUUCGUCCAAUUUAUAUGGCCCUACGAAUGCUGUGGAUUAACCCUGUGUCAGCUGCGGCCUUUCACUGGUAAAUCCAAUGUAAUAUAUCACCCCAGGAAAAAAGUACGAAAUGGAUUUCUUUUAGCCACUCUCAGUGAGAACCAUUGAGGAAACUUGCAAUGUGUCCGAGUGUCAGCUCGGUUGAAUAUCACGAUUAUAUUUAACGUUCCCGCUGCCUUUAUUAUCACUAGAAUGUAAGUAGAUCACGCCGAUAUUUCAAUAAACCUGA